UAGUUUAUUGAAAUCAAAUAACACAAACACACUAUGUAAACAUCGCUAAUGUCUUAGCAAUAGUUCCUUUGUCGCUACGCACAAGUCAAGUCUAUAAAAAGAGUCUUUUCUAGGGAGAUGGUUCACUUCAGGAGACUAAAAGUGGGAGUAGACGAGGUUUUCACGGGCUCCCUGUGGAUCUGUGUGUUCGCGGAGUACUUGGGCACGCUUCUCUUCAUGUUCAGCGUGUCUGCCGCAUCUUUACGAUGGGAGGGGACCCCAAGUACCCUGGAGAUCGCUCUUGCGGCCGGCUUCAGCAUGGCUACCGUGACGCAGGUAUUUCGCUGGGUCAGCAGACCGCUGGUUCACGCUAACCCUGCCGUUACAGUCGCCUCGUUCCUCGCGGGAGAUACGUCACUUGUGGCGUCAUUUCUUUACGUCAUUGUACAGUGUUUUGGAGCGAUCACCGGGGCCGGACUACUCCAUCUAGUGUGUCCUGCAUACGCCAGAGGAACCCUGGGAGCUACUUUCCUUGCUGUCGGUACCACUCCUCCUCAAGCACUAGGAACCGAGAUUAUCGUCACGUUUUUGCUGGUCAGCGCAAUCCUCUCAACGCUAGACGCAUGCCCAAGAGAUGACAACUACGACCGCUAUGACGUGUCAGCAGCUGUUGGACUUGCCGUCACUUUGGGAUAUCUCGUGGCGCUCCCUCUCACUGGUGCAGGGCUCAACCCUGCGAGGUCGUUUGGCCCAGCAAUCCUCACAAACAACUGGCGAGAUCACUGGGUUUACUGGUGUGGGCCUCUGGUUGGAGCAGUGAUUGCGGGCUUGAUGUACAACAUGCUGUUACAUCGCGGGCUCAAAACCAAGCGUGUAAAGCAUGCGCAGAGCGAUACCGAAGAGUUGAGCCCUUAGGGCAGGAUUCACAGCACAGGACCGAGGCUCGAAAAAUAUGUGAUGCAGAUGUCAAAACUUAAGGCUCCAUGCUGAUUUUGGUUAAAAACACUCGAUUUCAUGUACCGCACAAAUAAUUUCAUUUUGUGCAUAAACUAAUAAACAAUAUGAAGUUCUAA